AUGGCAAGCCCACUCGGUAUUCCACUCCCUCCUUCAGAAUGGAAACGGCAAAACCCACCUAAAGGACCAAACUUUGAUUGGGAGAUGUACCGUUAUGUUCCUUCUCUAGCUGGAGCCAUCGUAUGCCUCGUUGUCUUUCUCGUAAUGGCUUUUCUGCACUUGUAUCAGUACCUCAGGUCUAGGAAUAGGAUCAUCAUCUUCGUGGUUAUCGGCGCGCUCUGCGAGGUGGGUGGCUAUGGCGCGCGUAUCGCAUCGCACUUCGACAACGAUGCCUGGCCCCAGUACAUCACCCAAGGUGUACUGACACUCGUCGGUCCUCUAUGGUUUGCUGCAACCAUAUACAUGAUGCUUGGCCGUACGAUCAGACUUGCUGGUGGAGAAGAUGUGAGUCUGAUCCCAGCGAGGUGGUACACAAGGAUCUUCGUCACCGCGGACGUCACGACCUUGAUCAUUCAGGGCCUAGGUGCCAGCAUCAUGGGUACGAUGCAACUCGCCCUCGCCCUCGCUGGAGAAAAAAUCGUAAUUGCCGGUCUCGCACUCCAAGUCGCUACCUUUGUUGUCUUCCUCAUCGCCUCAUUCGAUUUCCAAAUCCGUAUGAACAAGAAAGCCGAUCAUGCAUCUGCAGACUGGAAGAAGAUGCUUUACAUACUUUAUAGUGUCAGCGCAUUGAUUCUCUUCCGCUGUACAUUCAGACUCAUCGAGUAUGCGAUGGGUAACGCUGCUUACUUGAUCGCUCACGAGUGGACGCUGUAUUGCUUCGACGCUGUGCCAAUGGUCCUAGUCCUGGUGAUGCUGCUGGUUUUGCAGCCAAGUCGAUAUGUUGAAGGGAACCUGAGGAUGGCACAAGCGGACAGCGAUGGUGAGACGGCUGUCAUAGAGAGAAAAUGA